AUGAAUGGCAUUUCUGUCCGGAUUCGCGGUUUGCGACCCCGACAUUCCAAUUGGCACCCCAAAGCCUUAAAAAGCGCCCAAAUAUCGGAUAGACGUGUUCCUACUUCUCAGUCCUUUUCCUACAGUUCAGAAUGCGUUGGUUUACCGGGAGCGAAAGCAGCAACGACACAGAAUCCUGACUUCGAAGAGCGCGAUGAAGAGAAAUAUCUUUUCCCGACCCAUGACCAAAAACGAGGUUGUUCAUCCAUGGCCUCCCCUUCACCCUCCACGGGGGAGUUGUCUCCCUUAACCCAAAAGUCUCCUCCCUCUCGCCCGCAAGAUGGGCCUUCUCUACCCAGGCAUGUUGCGUUCUCGUCAGUGUCUCGGCGAUUAAGGCAACGUCUUGGCCAAUCCGCGCCCCAAGCUCUGCAGGAACCCCCGUCGAAUCGGAUCUCUAACAUUACUCAAAAAAAGGAUAAUGGAACUGAGCUAUACGAAUCCGAUUCGCACGUUUCCCUUCAGGACUCCCUUGGUGAAACCAAGACGAGUUUACUAGAAGGAAUACAGAGAAUGAAAAAGCGAGACGCGCGUCUUUGGCGUCCAGUUGACAGUCAGGGUGCGACAUUACCAAAAAUCCAACUGAAGCGCCGCCAGCUAGAUGAAUGUCUGGCAGAGGAAGCUGAUGCUCUCCCUGGGUUUGCCUUUAAUCCAAGAACUUAUGGCAUUGAGUUUGAAGCAAGGUGGAAUUCUCUCUACCCCUAUACCAUCGUCCGUCAAGACUGGAAGAGGAAUUUUGAUAAUUGCUUCGCAAACAAGCAUGCCGGCAUGCCCAGUGUCGAGAUUUGGAAUCUACUUAGGGUGCAAAAAUGGCCAGUCGUGGCAGACUGGGCUAAACAUUUCAGCAGUGUGAGCAGCGGUAAGAGCUUCUGGUCCGAGUUGCCCUUGGCGACUAAGCGCCUAAUGUGGCCGGAUAUCGCCUUUUGGCUCUUGUUGAACUCACCAGGCGAUGUUCUGACGUUUUUGGAAUCUACUGACCAAUGGCCUUCUCCUUCUUUUUCCAUGGUGUCUGAAUGUUUUCUGUAUCUCGACGCAUUCUAUUACAAGGACUUGACGUCCACUCCGGAAAAUAAGCAUCAUUAUCACAGCACAAUGCAUUCUCUUAUCGGCCCGCAUCGAUGGCCAGUUAUAAGCGCCUCCCAACGAGGCAUACACGUGUACCUUAAGCAUUGCGAACCAGACCAAUUGAGGGAGACCUUUGAAAAGAUCGCCCAGAGUGAAGUCUACGUGCCGCCUCAAACUCUGCUAUAUCUCAUGGACCUUUUCUAUGAAUUUGCUGAUGCGGAAAAUUCCCUUCGGGCAUUACGGCUAGUCCCUUCCCGACUUACUUCCCGGGAUUCACUCCAGUCAGAGGAGAUCGUGCGUCAUUGCUGUAAGCUCCUUAGCUUAGACAGCACGUGUGAUGAAAACGGAAUUCGCAGUUUUCGACUUCUCCCCGAAGUGUUGGGUCUUGGUAUAGAACCUCAACGCGCGAUUUUAAAUGUUGUUAUUCAAAAUGCUUUGAAAAUGGACGAUCCGGAUAUGGCCUGGGAUAUUCUAAACUACUCUAAAGUCUUGCCUGACUCUUAUGCGGUUAUGAUGUUGCUUAAUGAUGCCACAACGCGCGGUGAUGCCUUAAGAGUGGAAACAUGCCGUCGCAUGAUAGCGUCGAAUCCCGAGAUAGCACGGGAGCCUCAUAUUAUUAGCAAGGUUUUGCACGGGCUGUAUGAGGCGGCUACGCCCGAGAAUAUACCCGAAGUUUUCAAAAAGAUGAUGCAGGUUUAUUGCCAAGGGCAUGAUCCUCAGCCACUCAAAGACCUUGGCAUAAUCCAGGGAGAGCCAACUGUCCGGGACAACUGCUCCUCUCCGUCAUCGCAUGCCUUGGUUAUCAUGGUUGCUGCCUAUCUCCAGCUACGCAAUAGCUCAGCAAUUACCCUUAAAGUCUAUGACCGAUUUUGCGAGCUUGUCCGGCAUGGCCACAAUCCUAUUGGCAAAUUAGCGGAGACUAGUCAUGUCUACGAUACGUUUCUGAUGGCGCUUCGUCGAGAUAGAGACAUGGUCAGUCAGUCCAUAACGAUAGUUCGAAAUAUGUACGACCCCCUCCCAGAGACGGCAAUCCUUAGAGGAGAAAAUAGACCGAUUCAGCAAGCUCGUCCAUCCAUGGUGACUUGGAAUAUUCUGCUGGCUGGUGCAAUGGCCCAUGGGAGACUAGAAGUUGCCGAUAUAAUUCGUGAGAUGAUGCAGGAAUGUGGAGCGCAAAUGGACGUCCCGGCGUGGAAUGUGAUGCUUCGAGGAUAUGCAGAUUUGGGAUUGGUUAUGAAGUUUACCCAGGGGCUGAAAGAAAUGCUGUUGGAUGACUUGACUCCCAACAGAUAUACUAUCAAGGCUCUUAAAGCGGUCCAGGAUCAAGGGCGGCUUCGUGAAGGGCUAGAAAAAGCCGGCGUGGAUCCGGAAACUCUGACAUUAAUUGAUCAGCGUGAAGAAAAGCAGGACAGCAAUUCCAAUGGGCACAUUCCAAGAGAGUCAAGUCAAAAUUUGGUGAAAGAUCUUGUUUUGGAUGAACAAGCUCACUUGACUGAAGAGCUAAACGUCAACAGAGCUUACCCCACAGGGCAUUACUCAUGA